AUGCCUUCCGAUGUGUCAGAAUACACUAUUGGGGGAGUGAAGAUCAUAUUCCCUUGCAAGGCUUACCCUUCACAGCUUGCUAUGAUGAAUGCUAUUGUUAAGGGCUUAAAUAACAGGCAACACUGUUUGUUGGAGAGUCCUACAGGAAGUGGCAAAAGCUUGGCGUUACUGUGUUCUGCGUUAUCAUGGCAGCAGGCUCUGUAUGAGAAAUCAGUGCUUACCUCAUCAUGUGAAAAGAAAGACAGAAAGCCAGAGACCUCGCCACCCUGUCGCUGCACGUGUCACUCCCAAUCCAAGAGCGAAGAGGCUGCAACAGGUGUGACUCCUGGUGCUGCUUCUUCUUCUGUUAUUAAUUGUGAAGCAGGAAGUUCUGUGAAACCUGGAAGCCCUCUGACAAACACAGAAUGUAAGGAAAAUGAAACGCUAGCUUCGAAACUGUCUGCCAAAAAAAAGUUGUCUCUAUGUGAUGGUGAGAAUGGUGAUUUUCGAGUAGACAGGAAAAGGAUUCGGCCUCUAGAAACUGAGCAGCAGGUUCGAAAACGUCCUUGUUUUGCGAAAGGGGUGCAGCUGGUUGAUGCCUUAGAAGUUUAUCAUCAGAGAAAAAACGGAGAGCUGAUUGUUCACUCUGAAAAAAGUGUGAAACUCACUACAUUUUCUCCUAAAACAUCUUCUGGCCCUUGCACUGAGUGUUCCUGCUCAUCUGGAAAAGAAGCGGAUAAAGAUGCUGGUAACACAAAGAAGAAAGAAAAUGGAGAUAAGUUAUUUGUUCCCAAAAUAUUUUUUGGAACACGAACACACAAGCAAAUAUCGCAGAUUACCAGGGAGCUGAAGAGAACAGCGUAUUCCGGUGUCCCUAUGACAAUUCUUUCCAGCCGGGAUUAUACCUGUAUUCAUCCGAUGGUAUCCAGUAGUAGCAGCAGGAACGAAAUGUGUGUGGAACUGCUGGAAGGAAAACACGGCAAGUCCUGUCUUUACUAUCAUGCUGUUCAUAAACUCGAUGAACACCAUACCCUACAGUCUGCACAUGGGAUGUAUCAGGCUUGGGACAUUGAAGAUCUAGUGAGGCUGGGAAAGAAGCUUCGUGCCUGUCCAUAUUUUGCAGCCAGAGAAUUAAUGGUGGGCGCAGAUAUUGUGUUUUGUCCUUACAAUUAUCUCCUCGACCCACAGAUACGGGAGAGCAUGGAAAUUAACCUAAAAGGCCAGGUAGUCAUUUUAGAUGAAGCCCAUAAUAUUGAGGACUGCGCUCGUGAGUCAGUGAGCUACAGUGUUACAGAAAGUCAACUAAGAGCUGCUCGCGAAGAACUCGAUUCCAUGGUCAACAGCAACAUCAGACAGAAGGAUCAUGAGCCCCUACGAGCUGUGUGCUGCUCUUUGACAAACUGGCUACAUGAGAGCUCCAGUCAACUAGUAGAAAGAGGGUAUGAAAGUUCCUGUAAGGUUUGGAGCGGAAAAGAAAUGCUCGAGAUUUUACACAACAUGGGAAUAACUGUUAUUACUUUUCCCAUUUUACAGAAACAUCUUGCUACUGUCCUGGAAAAAGAAGAAAAAAUAUCGGUGCUUGGUAGAGAGGAACUUGUUACGAUCCCGAUUGUGAGCCCUGCCACUCAGAUGAUGCUGAAAGGGUUAUUCAUGGUUCUGUGGUGUCUUUUUAAAGAUAACAGCAGGUUUGCAGAAGAUUACAGAGUUGCUCUACAACAAACUUACGCUUGGAUGAAUGAAAACCAGCCUGAUGUUUCAGAUACAAGUGCUUUUUUUACACAGCCCAAGCGUAAAAGAAAUUUGCGGCAGAAAACAGCAGUCCACGUGCUUAAUUUCUGGUGCUUGAAUCCUGCUGUGGCUUUUUCAAACUUGAAUGAUGUUAGAACAAUUGUUCUGACAUCUGGUACGCUCUCUCCAAUGGAUUCAUUUUCUUCAGAGCUCGGCGUGAAGUUUUCUAUUCAGUUGGAAGCAAAUCACAUUAUUCGCAACUCCCAGGUUUGGGUUGGCACCGUUGGAGCAGGCCCUAACGGUCAGAAGCUGUGUGCCACGUUCCAGCACGCAGAGACAUUUGCGUUCCAAGACGAGGUGGGAGCGCUUCUGCUUUCAGUGUGUCAAACAAUUGGCCAAGGAAUUUUGUGCUUUUUGCCAUCCUAUAAGCUGUUGGACAAACUGAAAGAUCGCUGGAUGCACACCGGCUUGUGGAGGAACCUGGAGCUGGUUAAGACAGUCAUUGCAGAGCCUCAAGGAGGGGCAAAGAGUGACUUUGAUGAACUGCUGAAAAUAUACUAUGAUGCAAUAAAAUGUAAAGGAGAAAAAGAUGGAGCACUGCUUAUAGCUGUGUGCAGAGGAAAAGUUAGCGAAGGCUUGGAUUUCUGUGAUGAGAAUGCCCGUGCAGUUAUAACCAUAGGUAUUCCGUUUCCAAAUGUGAAAGACCUUCAGGUUGAGUUAAAGAGGAAGUACAACGACCAGCACAAAAAUACAAGAGGCCUUUUACCAGGCAGUCAGUGGUACGAAAUUCAGGCUUAUAGGGCUCUGAACCAAGCCCUGGGAAGGUGUAUAAGACAUAGGAAUGACUGGGGUGCUCUUAUUUUAGUUGAUGACCGCUUCCGGAAUAACCCAAAUAAGUACAUAACUGGAUUGUCCAAAUGGAUACGUCAGCAAAUCAAGCACCAUGAAAAUUUCAGUAGCGCACUUGAGUCCUUGCAGGAGUUUGCGCUAAGAAACCAGAAAGGCAUCGACUGUUCGUCACAGGGCAGCAGUGAGUUUCUCCACGUACCUUCAAAUUCGAAAGACCUGCCACAAGCCUCUCAACAGGAGGCAACUAUUCAUCUGUCACCAGAUGUUCCUGCUAAAAGUGAGGAGCCAAAUUUGGAUUCGGAAAUUAAUUUUACUAAAACCGUACGCUCAGUUAAUCCUACAGCGUCAAAUCAGCCAAGUGGCCAGAACGUUGAUGUAGAGAGUCAUUCUCACCAUGUAACACAGAGAAGAAAACAUUUGGACUCCACGCCCCAAAUGCCAGCAACUAAAGGAGAGAGAGAGAAGAUUGGUUGGACUAAUGCUGAUACUACCGAAGAGCAGCGCUGCUGUCAGCCGCUGGCUUCAACACCUUUGCCUGUCGCCGAGAACUGCACGUCCACAGCGAGUAGCAAACAAAAGAAUGUGAAUAGGGCUGGUGAACUUACUGCUGGUAUAAAUCAGUGCCAGUCAUCAUUAAUUUCAGAACAUAAACCAAGUGUACCAGAAUCGUGUUUCGAAACAACUGGUUUUCCAGUUACAAGUACUGAGGCUCCAGUUGCUGAGGAGCAUCCUGAUAAGCUACAGGCUCAGGCUGAGCCCUGUGGUGAGUUGCCAUCAGCAGGAGGGAAAUCUGAACUUCCAGUGUUAAAUGUCUCCACAGAAGCUGAAGAUGAGGAUGAAAGUAUCUACUUCACACCAGAACUCUAUGAUGAUGAUGUAGAAUCAGAGGAAGAGAAAACCAGACCUCUGGUUCCAGCCUGUAGUCCAGAUGAGAAGCGGAUUGAAUGUGGAAACUCCACAGUCGCUGAUGAUCUUGUUGCAAUCAACGCCUCAGAAACACUAAAUAUGACAAAUAAAAUGAUUGAUGAGGAUGAGGGCAGAAGCACAAGCUUACAUGGAAUAAUGCAAAAUCAGAAGAGUAAGAAUAGUGCAGUUAAUAAUGUAGAGAUGACUAGUGGAGUAGAAGCAGAGCAGAUAGCAUCUCAAGAGAUGGACACCAAAAAACGGAAAAUCAGUCUUUCCAGAUCACGAAAUAAAGGUGUGUCAUCUUUUCUGUUGAACAAUACUAGCGCAUAG